GGGACUUAGUUAAAACUGUAUAUUGCCAAAAUCAAAUAAAUGACUUGUGUGUCUGAAGGAAAUUUUUAGCGAAUUUUUUCGUCUGAUAUAUAUAUAUGUAUGUCUAGUUAUAAGUCAUAUAUAAAUUAUUGUUACAAGAGGUAUAGGAAACUUGUGUAUUUCUCACUGAGUUCCAAUAAUUAUUCAUUCCAUUCAAAGAAAUUUCACCUAGUUCUCGAUCUUUUCUAUGAUUCAUAGCUUUAUAGAAUAUCCUUGAUAGUUUUGUAAUUUUAUUUUUGAUCGAUUUCAUUAUAUGAAUUAUGAAUAGCAACAAUAUAAAUGAAAGGAAUAUUUCUAUAAUUAUAUUAGUAUCUAUUCAUGUUAGAAAUUUGUGACAAAUUUUCCUAAAUUGAAAUUCCAUCAAUCCUAACUUUCAACAACGGAGUAGAUAGAAAUAGUCGAGAAGUUCGUGUAUCUGGGUAGCUGUAUGAGUGCUGGUGUGGCUGUAAAAGGUCGGAUCUACAACGCGUCGGUGAGAGCAGUUUUGCUCUAUGCUUGUGAAACCUGGUCUCUCCGAGUUGAGGACGUUAGACGACUCUCUGUGUUCGAUCAUCGUUGUCUCCGAAGGAUUGCUGACAUGCAGUGGCAACACUAUGUUAGUAAUGCAGAGGUUCGGCAUCGUGUGUUCGGGCACAGAGAUGAUAAUGCAAUUGGUGUCACCAUCUUGAAAAAUCGACUUUGGUGGCUUGGACAUGUUCUAAGAAUGUCGUCCCAGAGAAUUCCACAUCGUGCAUUAUUUGCCGACUCUGGGACUGGUUGGAAGAAGCGGAGAGGUGGUCAGUGCAUGAAAUGGUGUAGUGGUAUGAAAGAAAGCUGCAAAGGACUGGUUUGUGUUGGUCCUUCACGACUCCCUGGCUGGGGUCCGAGAGAUGGUGCAACACAGUGGCUAGAGACGUUAUCAGAUAUGGCUCAGAAUAGAAGCCAGUGGCGAUCGUGCUGUAACCUUUUACUUUCUUCAUAAAAAGUGGUUGUGUCUCCCUUAACUGAAAGAUUUUUUCCGAUUGUACCUUUCCGUUUCCCCAAUUAUUACUAUUAUUAUUAUUAUUACACCACCUUACAUCAAUCUCUUUUUUUUCUCCUUCCCCUUAAAUUCUCAUUGUUUUGUGUGGCGCAUAUAUAUUUGGUGCCCUCUUGUACCAAUAUUUAUGUGUUCAAAUAAAAAUAAAAUAAAAUAAUAAAUAAUCAACAA